AAGGGAAGAAGAGGAGGAAGAGGAGGAGGAGGAGAAGGAGGAGAAGCCUUAACUUGUGUAAAGUAAAAAAGAAAGAAAAGCAACUCUUUCUUUUAGCUAUUUAUAGUCUCAAAAUUGGUCCAUUGCUUCUCCCAACAUUGCUGGCUAUCAGUAACAACAAGGCUAUAACAAUGGCUGCUGAGAAGGUUGAAACUGUUAUAGCUGGAAAUUACAUAGAAAUGGAGAGAGAAGAAGACAAUUCAAAGUCCUCUAAGACCAAAUUUUCAGAGUUAUUUUGGCAUGGUGGCUCUGUAUACGAUGCUUGGUUUAGCUGUUCUUCUAAUCAGGUUGCACAAGUGCUUCUUACAUUGCCUUACUCAUUUUCACAACUUGGAAUGUUAUCUGGAAUUCUUUUUCAACUAUUCUAUGGUUUGAUGGGAAGUUGGACUGCUUACCUUAUAAGUGUUCUAUACGUUGAGUACAGAACUAGAAAGGAAAGAGAAAAGGUUGAUUUUAGGAAUCAUGUCAUUCAGUGGUUUGAAGUGCUUGAUGGGUUGCUAGGGAGACACUGGAGAAAUGCAGGCCUAUUUUUCAAUUGCACUUUUCUUCUAUUUGGAUCGGUGAUUCAAUUGAUUGCUUGUGCAAGCAAUAUUUACUAUAUUAAUGACAAUCUGGACAAGAGGACAUGGACCUACAUAUUUGGAGCAUGUUGUGCAACUACUGUCUUCAUUCCUUCAUUUCAUAAUUAUAGAAUUUGGUCAUUCUUAGGCCUUAUUAUGACUACUUAUACUGCUUGGUAUCUCACAAUUGCUUCCCUUACUCAUGGACAGGUUGAAGGAGUGAAACACUCUGGUCCAACCAAAAUGGUUCUCUACUUUACUGGGGCCACCAACAUUCUUUACACCUUUGGUGGGCAUGCUGUCACAGUGGAAAUUAUGCAUGCAAUGUGGAAGCCACAGAAAUUCAAGCUAAUAUAUUUGUUGGCAACAUUAUAUGUAUUAACCCUAACACUACCUUCAGCUUCUGCUGUUUAUUGGGCAUUUGGGGAUUUACUACUUACACAUGCUAAUGCUCUCUCCUUACUCCCAAGAAAUGGAUACAGAGACGCUGCUGUUAUUCUCAUGCUAAUCCAUCAGUUUAUAACAUUUGGAUUUGCUUGCACCCCUUUAUACUUUGUGUGGGAGAAAUUCAUUAGAGUACACGAAACAAAGAGUCUGUUCAAGAGAGCAUUGGCUAGACUUCCUGUGGUGGUACCAAUUUGGUUCCUAGCUAUUAUCUUCCCAUUUUUUGGUCCUAUUAACUCAACUGUUGGAUCUCUUUUAGUCAGCUUCACGGUCUAUAUAAUUCCUGCAUUAGCACACAUAAUAACUUUCUCUACCGCGUCGGCCCGGGAGAAUGCAGUAGAGAGGCCACCAUCAUUUCUAGGAGGUUGGGUUGGAUUGUUUUGUGUGAAUCUAUUUGUAGUAGUAUGGGUUUUUAUUGUGGGAUUUGGGUUUGGAGGAUGGGCAAGUUUGCUCAAUUUCAUACAUCAAAUUGAUUCAUUUGGUCUAUUCACCAAGUGCUAUCAGUGCCCUCCUCACAAGGCUUGAUAAGAAGAUUCCCCCAAUUUUCAAAAGGCAAGUUUAACAAUUUAAUAUACUUUAAAUUAAUUAAGGAAGUGUGUAAAGAGAUUGGCAUUUGUAACCUUUUCUUUCCUUUUUUUUUUUUUUUUUUUUU